UAUAAACAUCCGGCCUUCAAGCCAGGAAGUGAACGUCAAUCGAUUGGUUUUGUCUUCAGUUAAAUCCUCUGCCAGUGUUUUCUCCCUGUUUGGUUUCAGAAAAGGAAUAAACUAACGUUAUGGUUUGCGAAAAGUGUGAAAAGAAACUUGGACGGGUCAUCACGCCAGAUACAUGGAAGGAUGGUGCCAGAAACACAACAGAGAGUGGUGGAAGAAGGCUGAAUGAGAACAAAGCCCUGACUUCCAAAAAGGCCAGGUUUGAUCCCUACGGAAAGACCGGAUUUGCUACUUGUAGAAUAUGCAAGAGUUCUGUCCACCAGUCAGGUUCUCACUACUGCCAGGGUUGUGCCUACAAGAAAGGAAUAUGUGCCAUGUGCGGGAAGAAGGUGCUUGACACCAAAAACUACAAGCAGACCUCUGUCUGAUCAGACCUGCCUGGCUGGAGGAUCUCUCAGGAUAGAGGGGAGGCAGCAUUGGUGGUGAUGUCAAUUAUAAAAUCAAACUCCCCAGACACAUACUUAGAAUGGGAGUUCUUGAACUCACCAGCAUGUGCCCCUGUGUCAACUGUGUGCAUUACUCCCUGGACCUAUACUGGCGACAAAAAUAUCAGUGUCUGAAUGUUUUGAUGAUGUUCCCUCACUAGAUGAAGCAAUACUUAGGCUUACACUGUUUUGACAGAUGUCUCCUGUAAAAACCAUCAGAAGUGCUUUGUAAAUAUCUAAGUAGCUCGAUCACUUCUUUUCAUGUUGACACGAUAAUUUAAAAAAACUUUUUUUUUUUAUUUCUUUUAAACUAAAUAUUUCCAUUCAGUUGACAGUUUACCAUUCUGUUGUGUUGUAAAAGCACACAUAACAUCUGUCUGUCUUACACAGAAAUAGACCUUGGUAGCACUCCCAUCUUACCUCCCCAUUGCAGUAUCAUUGUUAUCAUCUAAGACCAUUACAGAGGCUUGGUUCUGAUUCCAAGCAAAGGUCAAGGUGUUGACAUUUAAAUGUCAGCAACAGCCAAAGGCAAAGUUCCCUUUCCUAUAGUCAUACCAACCUGCAUUUGUGUCAUGAAGUCUCGUAGCAUGAACUUCUGUGUGGUGUCACUUAUGGCUGUGCUGUUGUCUGUCACAGGCUGUUAAUUUUAAUACUUCUCUUUGGAGAGUUAGAGUAAAGGCUUAUUUUUGCUUUGGUAUGAUAUCAGUUUGUUGUCAUUUUUAAAACUUCACAGUGGUAUAAUCAAAAUAAACCUGGAUAAAGUCA